GGUACGGGUCGGCGCACGCGGUUUCGGUUCGUUUGGCUUUGCGGAGCCAUGGAGGGUGGCUUCGGCUCGGAUUUCGGGAGCUCCGGAGGCGGCAAGCUGGACCCGGGGCUCAUCAUGGAGCAGGUGAAGGUGCAGAUCGCCGUGGCUAACGCGCAGGAGCUGCUGCAGAGGAUGACGGACAAGUGCUUCCGGAAGUGCAUCGGGAAGCCGGGGGGCUCCCUGGACAACUCGGAACAGAAGUGCAUCGCCAUGUGCAUGGACCGCUACAUGGACGCCUGGAACACCGUGUCCCGCGCCUACAACUCGCGGCUGCAGCGGGAACGAGCCAACAUGUGACCCCGCCGCGCCCGACCCCCACCCUCCAUUUCAGUUCCAUAAACGCUCUUUGCGAAGCGGGGGCCCGCUCGUGCGUCCUGCCUGCCCGUGCUUCUGAGGAGACCGGCGACCCUCGGGACGCUGCUCCCCUCCCGCCUGCCAGCGAGCGCGGCGUGGAUCGCGGGGGCGGCGAGACUUCGCCCAGUGCCGGCAGCGCGGCGGCACGGCCCCCGGUGUGCACAGGCUCCCCGCGUGCCUCGGGCGGAGAAUCCGCGGUUGGACCUGGGGGAGCCGUCAGGCCCCACCCGAGCUGUGACCGCCUGACGGUGGGCGGGCAAAUAAAUGAGGGAGGGGCGGAAAA